AUGGUUGUCGGACAAAAUGGUGCACAUCAACAAGAAGAAUCCGUAUAUAAUUUAAUACCUCGUGUACAAGUUCAGGCACCAAAACCACCUCGUUAUGAAUCAAAAUUUAAAUCCAAUGUUCGUGAAUCAUCCAAAGAAGGUAAACAUGAACAUCGAACAAUGGGUUAUGCUGAAGAACCAUUACCCGAUCCACAACAAUUUCUUAAGAAAAAACAAAAUGAUAGCAAAACGGUUGCUCAACCUGCUCAUACCUCAACAAAUAAAGAUCGUUCUUAUCGUAAACCACCUGUUCCAAGUAUUCGUGAUGUACCUAAAAUGGGUGCAAGAACAGAAAAAAAUUUUAUUCAAACAAAUGCUCUUGAUGUUGUUAUGACAGUACCGAGAAAACCGGAAAGAAAUGUUGUUGAUGAUCGAUUCGGAGAUAAAUUUCCCGUUGAUCCAAGUGGUUUAGCACCAAAAUACAUAUUUAAAAAAAAUUUUGGUGAAGUACCGGUCUAUAUAAAAUCUCGUCGGGAAGAAAUGGAAAAAGCUAAACAAGAAUAUCAAACUUAUGUUUCAGAUUAUUUUCGUCGUGGAGCGAUGCGUGAAAUGGAUGACAAUGAACGACAAACAAUUAUUGACGGUUUGAAAAAACAAUGGGAAGAUGUUCAUCAUGAAUAUCAAACACUUUCGGUUAUUAUUGAUACAAUUCCUAAACGACAGCACAAAGAACGUCUUGAACAUCAAAUGCAACUACUUGAAAAAGAUAUUGAUUUACUUGAAAAACAUCAAGUUAUUUAUAUUGCGGAUUGA